UUACAUUAAUGAUUAAACGCAACACCUGAUGAAUAAUGUUGAAACGCGAUCAUAAUUAAUUUGUAGUCUCAUUGUAAUACUUCUCUUAAUUGUUCUACGUCAGUUCAAUGUCAACGACACGAAUCCACGUGACUGGCGGCUCCGGUGUACAGUUCAUGACAGUGACGUUUCGGGGAGCCGCCGAACCGGAGCGGACAGAAGUUGAAAAGUGUUCUGUGAGUGGGUGUCAUGGAAUCGUUGGAUGAACGUCCGCCGCGGAGGCGUUUUAAAUCUACAGAAGAAAUUGACAUGUUAGAUUCUAGCUGUGAGGAUAAUUGUUCUGAAUGUGAUAAACUCUGGGAUGGAUCUGAUAAUUCAGAAGACAGCCCGGCGGAGGCGGCGGAGGCGCGGCGCAGGCGGCAGGAGCGCGGCCAGCCGUGCUGCCUGGUGCGGUGCGCGCGCGGGCGCGGGCGCGGGUGCGGGCCGCCGCCGCGGAGCCGGCCGGGGCGCAGGCGUCGCCUGGGCGCCGCCAUGUCCCGCACGGGCUCCAAGCUGGGGCUGCUGCUCUGGAAGAACUGGAAGCUGCAGGCGCGCCACCCGCUGCAGACGGUCGUCGAGAUCCUCAUACCCGUGCUCUUCUCGUGCCUCAUCGUGGUGGUGCGGUCGCUCGUCGAGCCCGAGCACAUCUCCACGGUCACCACGCAAACGAACGCGGUGGCGAACGGCGUGGCGAAGAUCGCGUGGAGCCCCGGCGCCAACGCCUCCGCCUCCUUCAACCGCAGCGCCGCCCUCGUCAUGGCCAUGGCCUUCGCGCGGAAGCCCAUUGACACGAUGGCGUUCAAGAACCCCGAGGAGAUGGAGGCGUACCUCACGGUGCCCGGCCGCAUGAACCUGCAGUCCAUCGCCAACGGCUCCGUCGUGUGGGCAGGCGUCGUCCUAGAAGACGCCAAAGACCCCAGCAGCCGGCAGUUCUGCUCCGACCACUUGAAGACGUUCGGGCCGACGCCCGGCUACCACCUGGAGGGCUUCCUGGCCAUCCAGUUCCUGGUGACGCGCGCCGUCACCGCCUACUGCUUCACGGAGAAGGCGGCGUCGUUCGCGUCCGAGCUGCUGCCGCUCCUGCCGCCUGGGGAAGCUAUGAAGAUCAUGGGCCUGCCCGGCGCCCUGCACUGGCUCGCCUGGUUCAUCAAGACCAUCAUCUUCCUGCUGGUGUCGGUGGUGCUGAUCGUGGUGCUGCUCAAGGCCAAGUGGUACCCCGACUCGGAUAUGACCGUCUUCACCCACUCCUCGGGCACGCUCAUCUUCGUCUUCAUGCUGAUGUUUAUGGUCGCCACCACUUGCUUCUGCUUCAUGAUUUCCGUCUUCUUCUCCACAGCCAACACUGCAGCAACAAUGGCAGGACUGGCGUGGUUUCUGACGUAUGCGCCUUAUAGCUUCUUGCAGCAGAAGUAUGAAACCUUGAGCUUAGCGGAAAAGCUUCUCGCCUCUGUCUGCUCCAACACCGCCAUGGCACACGGUUUCCAGCUGAUAGUCAUGUUUGAAGGCACCGGCGAAGGACUCCGUUGGGAUAACGUCUGGCAGCCGGCAACACAAGACGACAAUCUUACCAUGGGCCACAUUUUAGUGAUGCUGCUGUUAGACAGCCUCCUGUAUCUAGUGGUCACCCUCUACGUGGAGGCUGUCUUUCCCGGGUCUUACGGAGUCCCCAAGCCUUGGUACUUCCCUCUGCAGGUAUUCAACAAAAACAAGGUGGCAGUAGACAACUUGACCCUCAACAUGUAUGAGGGACAGAUUACCGUUCUUCUUGGCCACAAUGGCGCCGGCAAGACAACUACAAUGUCUAUGCUCACUGGAAUGUACACCCCGACGAGCGGCUCAGCGCUGGUGAACGGCUACGACGUGGUGACGGACAUCGACGCGGCCCGCGACAGCCUGGGUCUCUGCCCUCAGCACAACGUGCUCUUCGACGAGCUGACAGUGCGUGAGCACCUCUACUUCUUCGGCAAGCUGAAAGGACUGACUGGCAAGGAGCUAGAGGACGAGAUCCAGAAGUACGUGAGACUGCUGCAGCUCGAGCCCAAAGAGCACGCACAGUCGCGCACGCUGUCUGGCGGUAUGAAGCGGAAGCUGGCUGCGGGCGUCGCGCUCUGCGGGAAAUCGAAGGUGGUGAUGUUCGACGAGCCGACGUCUGGCAUGGACCCCGCAGCGCGGCGCGCGCUGUGGGACCUGCUGCGCGAGGAGAAGGCGGGCCGCACCCUGCUGCUCACCACGCACUUCAUGGACGAGGCCGACCUGCUGGGCGACCGCAUCGCCAUCAUGGCGGGCGGGCGCCUGCAGUGCUGCGGGUCGCCCUUCUUCCUGAAGAAGCGCUACGGCGCGGGCUACCGCCUGGUGGUGGUGAAGGGCGCGCGCUGCGACGCCGCGGCCGUGACGGCGCUGCUGGCGCGCCACGUGGCGGGGCUGGCGCCGGCGCAGGACGUGGGGUCGGAGCUGAGCUACCAGCUGGACGAGGAGCACGCGCCGCGCUUCGAGCCCAUGCUACGCGAGCUGGAGCAGCAGCGGGAGGCGCUGCACGUGCUCAGCUACGGCGUCUCGCUCACCACCAUGGAGGAGGGCCGCGGGCCGCGCGCAGUGCGAGUGAAGGCGGCGGAGGCCGAGAGCCAGCGGCCGGUGCUGCUGACGGGGCCGGCGCUGAAGCGCCACCAGGUGCACGCGAUGCUCAUGAAGAAGGCGCUGGCCCUGUCGCGCGGCUGGGUGCUGUUCCUGGUGCAGUGCGUGCUGCCGGUCUUCUUCCUGUCCGUCGCCAUCCUCAUCGCGCGCACCUGGCAGGCCAUGCGCGACCUGCCCCCGCGCGACAUCGACCUCCAGAGCUACAGUGAAGUAAAUACUACUCUGUCAAUGCUGAAUAAUGAUAAUAAGGGCAUUGCUCAUUUUAUCUCCAAAUACUUAUCUCAAAAAUACAAGAAUGUAAUUGAAGAUAAUGGAUUUUGCCCAACAGUACUAGAAGGCAAAGAAAAUACCACAGGAAUGUUUGAGGAAUACAUUUUAGAUCAGUAUCGGAAAGAUGUGUCCCGAACAAGGCACAGUUUCGUUGUGGGAGCAUCAUUUGAUGUAGUAAAUUCUACUCCAUACAUCACUGGCUGGUUUAAUGAUUUACCAUACCAUUCUGUGCCUCUUACUCUCAACUUGCUCAAUAAUGCAAUUCUCAAGAUGAUCAACAUGUCAAUAACACUUGUCAAUUCCCCAUUGCCGUACACAUCUGAAUCACAGGCAAUAAUGCUUAUGAAUGGAAAUAACAUGGGUUUUCAAAUUGCCUUCAACAUUGGAUUUAGCAUGGCUUUUGUCGCAGCGUACUACAUUAUGUUUCCUAUUAAGGAACGUAUGAGCAAGGCCAAGCACUUGCAAUUUGUAUCUGGAGUGGAUGUUCUUGUAUUUUGGAUAGUAAACAUAACUUGUGAUGGACUUUCUUUUUUACUCCCAUCUUUGGGUGUGAUUAUCACAUUGGCUGGAUUUCAGGAGGAUGGAUUUGCCACAACUGAAGAGUUAGGUCGUAUAUUUGUAAUUUUGGUGUUUUUUGGCUGGGCAAUGAUACCUUUGAUGUAUUUGGCCUCUUAUUUAUUCACCAUUCCAGCAAGUGGCUACACUCGAAUGACAAUGUUCAAUAUUUUUGCAGGAAUUGCAGCAUUUAUGGUGGUGACGAUUCUGCAGAUCCCAGAUCUUGAUCUGAAAGAUGUUGCGGACAUUCUUGACUGGAUUCUUCUUGUUGUGCCUCAUUAUUGUUUAGCAGAUGCCAUUCGCUAUGUAUACACUAACUAUGCAUCAAUAAGAAUUUGCAAAGAUUUUGGUCCAGAUUGUUCUGUUGUUGAACAAAGUGUUUGUUGUCCAGGAAAAUGUCCGGAUACUGGUUGUGUAGAAUUCUCAGAAAACUAUUUUCGAUGGAAAUUACCAGGAAUAGGCAGAAACAUAGUAUUUUUCUUAUUAAUGGGAUGUAUUCUCAAUAUCCUGCUCCUUUUGGUAGAGUUUCAUAUAUUUGAACUCAUGUUUCCUACUCGCCGGAGACAUCAGCCUAAGGUUGUUGCUGUGCAGUCAAGUGACACACCUUCAUUGACAUCACUGCCCAUUUUGCCACCAAGUGCACAAGCAGAUCUUGAAGAUUCUGAUGUAAUGGCAGAGAAGGAGAGAAUCAGGACAUCAAAUGUUACGGAACUCAAUAAUGAGUUCAGCCUUGUUCUUAGUUUUUUGGCUGUGGAUAACAUCAGCAUUGGAGUAAAGAGAGGAGAGUGCUUUGGACUUUUGGGAGUCAAUGGUGCGGGAAAAACUACUACAUUCAAGAUGAUGACGGGCGAUGAAAAAAUAUCUGAAGGAGACGCUUUCUUGAAUGGUUUAAGUAUUAAGUACCACAUGAAAAAGGUUCAUCAGUUGAUUGGCUACUGCCCUCAGUUUGAUGCUCUUAUCGAGGAAAUGACUGGUCGAGAGACAUUGCACAUGUUCUGUUUAUUGAGAGGAAUUCCUGGAUAUCAGAUACCAAGAAUUGUAGAUGAACUAGCUGAUGAACUGCUCUUUACUAAACACAUUGAUAAAAAAGUCAAGGAAUACAGUGGAGGUAACAAACGCAAACUCAGUACUGCAGUUGCUUUAGUUGGGGAUCCACCUGUGGUAUUUCUUGAUGAGCCAACAACGGGGAUGGAUCCUGUCGCUAAGCGACAUCUGUGGAAUGUCAUUUGCAAAGUUCGGGACAGAGGCAAGAGCAUUAUCCUCACAUCUCACAGCAUGGAAGAAUGUGAAGCUCUAUGUACAAGAUUGGCCAUAAUGGUAAAUGGAAAUUUCAAGUGCCUUGGGUCCACACAACAUUUGAAAAGUAAAUUUGCAGAAGGAUACACCCUCAUCAUUAAAGUGAUUGGUACUCGACCUUUGUCUGUUACUUCAAGAACUCUCUCAAUUACAUCAAUGAGCUCUUUAACUCAAGAUAUAAAUCCAGUUAAAAAUUUCAUUAAACACUCCUUUCCAGGAUCUAUAUUGAGAGAAGAAUACAUGGGAUUUUUGACUUAUUACAUUCCCAGCUCAACAUUUACAUGGUCUCAAAUGUUUGGAAUGAUGGAAAGAGCAAAACAUGAUCUAAACAUUGAAGAUUACUCUCUUGGCCAGACUAGCCUUGAACAGGUCUUUUUGACUUUUACUAAGGCUCAAAAAUCGGAAAUGAUUUGAUUUAGAAUGCUUGCUGAAAUGUGUACGUGCUUCUUUUGGGGAGAGUUGUUACAGUGUGCUUGUCUUGUGCUGCAGAUGGAAGACACAAACAUACUUUGUGUAUCUAAACUCCUUGUAUAAAACAGGGUACUGGUAAUUGUGAAAGUGAUGCAGAGACUUCUGUGUAUUAAGAACUGUGUUACAUGAAUUCCAGUAAUUUGAAAAGCUGUUGUGAAGAGCAGAGAGGGAUUAAGAGUGUAUAUUACUUAUAAAAUUCCAUUCAGUAUUACAUCCAUUGCAUAAUUUCCAAAGAUCAGAUGAUUAUGGAAAUUGUUUACUUUGUGAUAUAGUGUGCAGUUUAUAUGAAAGUUAUUUGUAUAUUCAUGGACAGAAAUCAGGUUGCCUUAGUCCAUUGGGAAAUGGAUAUAUAAAGGCCUUAAGUUUGUAGAAUGCUAAACCGUUGCUGCACAGGAAUGCAAGUAGAAAGUUUGAGAAUAUAUUUAUUUUAAGCUACUAUUUUAUAUUUUUUGAUGUGAUUUUGUAAUUUGCUAAUUAAGGAUAUAGAUCUCAAUCAUGGUCUUCCUUAACAGCAGGAAGUGUGUUGUGUGAUACCAAAUUGUACAAUAUAAAUAUAUUUAUCUAACAAUCCGCUUAAAACUUAUUUCAACUACAAUAAUUUCCACCUCCAGAUAACCAG